GUAAAUCCCCACUGCGAGAGCCCUCCGAGCCACCCGCGAAGAAGAGUAAAAGCGGAAUGGACUGGAAAACAAAGCUCAAUUUUCGGAAAAGCAAACUGUCCACAGACAGCAACACAGCCGCACACACGAGCACGAGCGGCAGUAGCCAGGCAAAUGCACCACACGGUACAGGAAAUGAUACAGAUGAGACCGGCACACAUUCAGGCGAUACUCACACACGCACUCCUCAUAGUAGUGGUUGGCAUGACGACGAGGGAUCAAGUAGUACGCAGCCACGCACAACUGACAGGUUAGUAGAUAGAUAG